GGGUUUGCCAGCUCUGCGCGCCUCGCAUCGGCCGCUUCGACGAGCGCCAAUGCGGUUCCGCAGGGCUGGGAGGCUGUCAUUGGCGUCGAAGUGCACGCACAGCUGCGCUCCAAGAACAAGCUCUUCAGCUCGGCACCCCUGCCCACCCCUCUCUCCCCGCCCAACAGUCUUGUCUGUGGCUUCGACGCUGCGCUGCCCGGCUCCUUGCCUCGUCUCUCUGCCUCGGCGCUCGACAAGGCAUUGCGCGCCUGCUUCGCCCUCGAGGCCGAUGUACAGCUGCGCAGCACGUGGGAUCGCAAGCACUACUUCUAUCCGGACCUCACGAGCGGCUGGCAGAUCACGCAGAAGUACGCGCCGUUGGCGGUCAACGGCAUCGUACGGCUACGUGCCGACGAGGGACAGUUAGGCGCAGGCGAGGAAGUGGACGUGCUGAUUGAGCAGGUGCAGCUCGAGCAGGACACGGCAAAGUCUCAGCACUACAUCUCAGCCUCGUCUGGCGGCAACGAGACGCACAUCGACCUGAACCGCGCCGGCUCUGCGCUCGUCGAGAUCGUCAGCGGGCCUCAGCUGCGCUCUGGCGAGCAAGCGGCAGCAUACGUGCGCAAGAUCCAAGAGCUGCUGCGGCGCGUGGGCGCCAGCGACGGCAAUAUGGACGAGGGCUCACUGCGCUGCGACGUCAAUGUGUCUGUCCGACGACCCGACGAGCCGUUCGGCACGCGCUGCGAAGUCAAGAACUUGAACUCUGCGCGCUUCGUGGCUCUCGCCAUCGGCCACGAAGUCAGUCGUCAGAUCGCGACUCUUGAGCGAGGCGAGCUCGUCGAGCAAGAUACGCGCGGCUACGACGAAGCGACUGGCACGACGUUCCGCCUUCGCUCAAAGGCAGAUGCACCAGACUAUCGCUACAUGCCCGACCCGAGUCUGCCGCCGCUCGUGCUGACGCAGGAGACGCUGGACACAGCACGGGCAAGCCUGCCGGAGCUUCCUGAUGCUCAGCGCGCACGUCUGCUCAGGACGUACCCCGAUCUCUCGCUGCGCGACAUCAAUGUGCUCAUGCGCAUCGGCCUGGAGGACGAUAUUGCUGCGUCUGGCUCAGCAGUGACGGUUGCCGACUCGGUGGCCUACUUUGAGCAGGUCGCGUGCGGUCGGGAUCCGCAGGUCGCGAUGAACUGGAUCAUUCAGGACCUGCUCAAGGCGCUCAACCAGGCAGUGGUGUCGUUCAGCGCCAAUCCUGUGGCGCCUGAGGCACUGGCAGAGCUCAUCGAUCUAGUCGCGGAGCGGCAAGUGACGGGCACCACGGCUCGGCAACUACUGGCAGAGCUCGUCUGCGGCGAGCAAAAGCUCCCGACGGGCGCCACGCCCGUGCAACAGCACCUCUCCUCACGCGGCAUGCUAGCGAUGGGCGGCGGCAGUGCGGGCACCGAGGCACUCGAUGCCCUACUUGACGAGGUAGUGCGCGAUCUGCCGAGCGCAGUGGCAGCAGUACAGGCGGGCAAGACCAAGGUGCUCAUGCGCCUUGUGGGCGAGGCGAUGAAGCGCACACAAGGGAGGGCAGAUGCGAAGGCUGUCAAGGAG